AUGCCUGGUGUUAGCCGUCAACACAAGUUCUCAGAGUAUUUAGUCGUUGGACGUAGACUUCCGACUGAAGUUGAUCCAACUCCUAAGCUCUACAGAAUGAGAAUCUUUGCACCAAACGAGGUCGUCGCCAAGUCACGUUUCUGGUACUUCGUUGGUCAAUACAGAAAGAUGAAGAAGGGUACCGGUGAAAUCGUCUCUGUUAACGUUAUCAGCGAGAAGAAGCCACUCAAGCCAAAGAACUUCGGUAUUUGGUUGAGAUACGACUCACGUUCAGGUAUUCACAACAUGUACAAGGAAUUCCGUGAAUUAUCACGUGUCGACGCCGUACACGCUCUCUACCAAGACAUGGCUGCUAGACACAGAGCUCGUUUCCGCUCUGUUCAAAUUCUCCGUGUUGCUGAGAUCGAGAAGACUGAGGAUGUCCGUAGACCAUACAUCCGUCAACUCCUCCAAAAGAACCUCAAGUUCCCACUCGCUCACAACAGAAACAAAAACUUCAGAAGCGAAUUCCAAGCCAAGCGUCCAUCAACCUUCGCUUAA